CAUGUCGCUAUUGUCUCCGCUGGUGCCCUUGCUGAGGGUGUACUACUCCGGCCUCGCCGUCAUCCUGCACCAGCUACGCCGCCGCCUCCGCUCGCGUUGCCCCCCGACCCCAGGUACUCAUUAAUGAGUGAAGGAUCAAAAGGUGGGACGGUGGCCAAGAAGCAAUGGAGAAUAAAAGUUUAGAAGGUUCCCCGUCAGAUCUAAAGUUAGUGGCUCACCCAAGAGCAAAGAGUAAAGUGUGGAAGUACUUUGGGUUUGAUACCAAUGCGGAAGGAUGCAUAUUACAGUGGAAGAAAAUCUACUGCCGUAUUUGCAUGGCACAGAUCGCCUAUUCGGGAAACACUUCCAACCUUUCCUACCACCUCGAGAAAAACCACCCCGACGAAUUCUGUGAAUUUGUGAAAAGUAACACCGAGCAAAUGAGGGAGGCCUUUGCAACUGCAUUUUCAAAAAUCAAGCCAGAAUCGUCGCAGCAGGUUGUUCAAGAUAGUCUCAUCAUGAAGACUUACCAGAACUACGAAAACAAAAAGCAUCAGGAGCUGACGUCUGCAGUCAUCAGCUUGAUCUGUGAGGGCAUGUAUCCUGCUUCUAUUGUCGACGAACCCACUUUCAAGGCUCUCUUGAGAACAGCUGAUCCCAGGUAUGAACUUCCUAGCCGGAAGUAUUUCUGUACAAAAGCUAUUCCUGAAAAAUACAACACCAUUAGAGAGAUUGUGUUAAAAGAGCUCACUGACGUCCUGUGGUGUGGCAUAUCCACAGACAUGUGGAGGAGUGAAAACCAGAACAGGUCAUACGUAACUGUCGCAGUUCACUUUCUCAGCAGUAGUCAUUCCAACUGCCUGGUGGUCAACUCACGUUGCUUAAAAACGUUUGAAGUACCAGAGGAUAAUACUGCAGAGACUAUUACACGAGUCCUUUAUGAAACAUUCAUCGAAUGGGGGAUCAAUACAAAAGUCUUUGGUGCUACCACAGACUACAGCAAAGACAUUGUGAAAGCUUGCUCUCUGCUCGAUAUUCCAGUGCAGAUGCCUUGCUUGGGGCACACUUUCAAUGCCGGAAUACAACAAGCUUUUCAGCUCCCAAAGCUCUGCAGCCUUCUUGCCAGGUGCCGAAAACUGGUGGAGUAUUUUCAGCAGUCUACGGUAGCAAUGUAUAUGCUGAGUGAGAAGCAGAAGCAGCAGAAUAUUCUGCACUGCAUGCUGGUGAGCGAUCGCGUUUCCUGGUGGGGCAGCACACUGGCCAUGUUGCAGCGCCUCAAGGAGCAGCAGUUCGUCAUCGCUGCCGUCCUCGUGGAGGACAGCAACAACCACCACCUCAUGCUGGAAGCCAGCGAGUGGAAUACAAUCGAAGGGCUGGUGGAGCUGCUGCAGCCUUUUAAACAGGUCGCAGAGAUGAUGUCUGCUUCCAAGUACCCGACAAUAAGUAUGGUGAAGCCCCUUCUCCACAUGCUUCUCAACACUACCCUGAACAUCAAGGAGAACGAUUUGAAAGAAAUCAGCAUGGCGAAGGAGGUAAUAGCUAAGGAGCUGUCAACUACCUACCAGCACACCCCAGAAAUAGACAUGUUCCUCAAUGUUGCCACUUUCCUGGAUCCUCGCUACAAAAAACUGCCUUUUCUUUCAGCCUUUGAGAGGCAGCAGGUGGAAAACAGAGUGGUGGAAGAAGCAAAAAGCCUGCUGGAGAAAGUCAAAGAAAACACUUUUCGGACUGAGGAAAAGUUCUUCACGGUUUCGGAAGAGCCUCCAGUGAAAAAAAUAAUCAUCUCCUCCACUCCUCCUCCUACUAGCGUGAUCAACAACAUGCUUGCGGAGAUCUUCUGCCAGACAGGAGGUGUAGAGGACCAAGAGGAGUGGCACGCUCAGAUUGUUGAGGAAUUGAGCAACUUUAAGUCUCAAAAAGUCCUUGGGUUGAACGAAGACCCACUAAAGUGGUGGUCUGACAGACUAGCGCUGUUUCCAGUUUUACCAAAGGUUCUUCAAAAAUACUGGUGUAUUUUGGCCACAAGGGUCUUUCCCGAGCGCCUCUUUGGUUCUUCUGCUAACGUUGUCAGUGCAAAGAGAAACCGGUUGGCCCCAGCGCAUGUGGACGAGCAGAUCUUUUUGUAUGAAAACACUCGGAAUGGGUCGGAGGCAGAACCAGAAGAUGAAGAUGAAGGAGAGUGGGGUUUGGAACAGGAACAGAUUUUUAAUUUAAAUGACUCGGUAAAUGUAAACAACAAUUUCUUUAAUAUCCGAGACAGUGGGUUUGUUUAACAGGACUGCUGCAGUACGUUUAAUAACAAAUAGAAAGGUGUUUGUCACAAGUUACCAAAAAUACUUGUUUAUGCUAUGAAUGCUGUAAAUAUUGAACAGUUGUCUCAAAUUUGAUAGCUUCCAUUGUCUGUGUUUUUCCCACUGUCUUAAAACAUGAAUGACUUGUGAUUAAACAGCACUGAAAUGAAUGAGGAAAUAAAUUCUGCAAAGACCGUGAUUUCUGACUGUGGCCCAGAUCUCAGAGAACACUUAGCCUUGUGCUUCCCUUCCGCUUACUUCACUGGAAGAGGAAUACAUGUUCAUGUGCUUUCUAUAAUGAAAAUAUUUAUCCUGAGUUAGGACCCUAAGCAAGGGAAUUUUUAAGAUUUAUGCCUCUCAUUAUAAAUCCCAUGAGACUUAGGGUGUUAGCUUUAAAUUUUGGAUUUUAAAAUGUUAUUUUUAAAUUCCAUAAAUCAGAGCAGCCAGGAUUUUUAGAGUGUAUUAAUGAUAAAAAAUGAAAAAAAGGUCACGAGCCUGAUUUUCUUUUUUA